AUGGGCGGACAAAAAAAUCUGUACCUCUUCAGAUACAAAGGAAAAAACAAUGCUGCAUUAACUGCUGAUGCUCGAGCACGAGAAGAAAACAGAUCCGGGACAGCGCCUAAAACCCUAAACCUGUUUCUAGUGGACUCCGAGAAACGCACCAUUUCCUUGGAACAGUUCACGCAGGGCAUUUUGUAUGCAGACUUCAUCGAGAACAUGAUAAAGAGGAACAACCCGGCUGAAAUGAACAUCCUGGAUGUGUAUGCAGAUAGAGUCGGUGAACUCCUCUGUAUCAUGCAUGAGAAGAACAGCAUUCAUGGUAAUCUAAGUACCAGGAAUGUGUUGCUGGUUGAAAAAGUUGCUGCCAACACCCAAAGCAGCAGAAAAUGGCUGAACCACGCCAACAUUGACUUGGUGAUCUCCGAUUUUGGUAACAGCUGUGCUAACGCUAGCCCUGAAGCUAAGGGACAGGAUUUAUUCAUCCUCGAGAUAUCCAUUAGUGAGCUACACAUUAAUCAUCCAGAUCUGUUCGGUAAAAUAUUUGAAUCGUACAAGAGUCACAGCAGGAACAACAUAACUGAAAUUGUCAGCAAAUAUGAAGAGAUAAAAAUGACUCUUAUGUAA